AGCACGUGUGGUCCUGCGUGUAAACUAGAGUUGGGGGGCGAGCAAAAAAAAUCCUAGAGCAAAAGCAGAUCGACAAGCAAAGGUAGUCGUCGCCACUAGGAUUUGUACUUUCGAGAACCUCACGGUGGAAUAUCAAAGCUGUUGCUGUCGUGUUUUUCAGCGUAACUAAGGUGGCCUUCAGCACCUAGAGCAUCACAUCUCUUAAACAGUGAUUUAUUCAUUUCUUGCUCUCACCAAGAGCUGUUUUUCUCACUCUCCCUCACAAUCUCUCAUCCCAUCUGUCGUAGCACUUGUGCCAAGGUGGUUUCAUAAGCAGAAAUUCAUCUCUUAUCUUUGAGGCACAUUUUUUCGCAAUUUAAUUGUUGUCUCUUUAGAACGGCAGCCUUCGCCUUUUGAUUACUUGCAAUAUUAUUUACAGCCAUUUUAGCAGAAAAAGCAAUGAGUUUCUCUCCUUAGUUUUGUUUUAACUACCAGCCAAUAUGUGUAUACAUAGUAGUCCCAGUUAAAUUAAAGCUUUUCCUGUUUUCACCUUGGCUUACAACUUUUGAAUAAAGCUGUUCCAGCCUCAUCCUACUCUAGUAUGAGUUAUGAGGACUCUAAAUCAAUGCCCAGCAGCAGCACUCGGGGGCGAGUGGCAAGGGCCGACGAGAAGAAAUAUAGUGACCAGGAAACAGAGUCGGAGGAGUUAAACUCUCUGAAAACCAUCAUCAGUCAGCCCAGUGCCAAUGUUACCAGUCAGGAGCAGGAAAGUGGAAAUGGAGGCAGCUCCAUUGGCGGCUCAUCUCCCAGUGUGAGGUCAGGGUCCAGAGGCCGACGCGGGCACAACUCCGACGAUAUGGACGGACUCUCCAGCGGGAACGACUCUGGGGAGAGGGAAAGUGAAGGCGGGAUGGAGAGAGACAACCGGUCACAUGGGCGCCAGUCCAUACGCAGCUCCCACAACUCGUCAAAUGGCAAGGACUCUGGCAUGAUGCUGGAAACUACAGAGAGCAACAAGAGCUCCAACUCCCAGAGUCUCUCACCUCCCAGCAGCUCCCUGGCCUACAGCCUGCUGUCGACCAGCUCGGAGCAUGACCCCCCCUCCACCUCUGGCUGCAGCAGCAACCAGUCGGCAAGGGUCCAGACCCAGAAAGAUCUGAUGAAGGCCAUCAAGGAGCUGAAGCUCCGCCUACCAUCGGAGCGCAAGGCCAAGGGCCACACCAGCACUCUGAAUGCGCUCAAAUACGCACUCCAGUGUGUCAAACAAGUCCGAGCCAACAAGGAGUACUAUCAUCAGUGGAGCGUAGAGGACUGUCAUGGCUGCAGCCUGGACUUGUCUGCCUUCACACUUGAGGAGCUUGAUAACAUCACUUCAGAAUAUACCCUCAAAAACACAGACACUUUCUCCAUGGGUGUGUCAUUCUUGUCAGGAAAGGUUGUGUACGUAUCGCCCCAAGGCUCGUCCCUGCUGCGCUGUAAGCCAGAGCGUCUUCAAGGGGCCAUGUUUUCUGAGCUUCUGGCCCCGCAGGACGUCAGCACUUUCUAUAGCGGCACGGCACCCUGCCGCCUGCCAAACUGGGCCUCCUGCAUCGGGUCUGCUUCUCCUCCAGUGGACUGCACGCAGGAGAAAUCCAUGUUCUGUCGAAUCGGUGCGGACCAGGCGCAGGGCAGCGAGAUGCGCCACUACCCCUUUCGCCUCACGCCCUACCAGCUCACCAUCAGAGACUCCGAUGAUGCCGAGCCACAGCCCUGCUGCUUGCUCAUUGCAGAGAGGGUCCACUCUGGAUACGAAGCUCCUCGUAUCCCUGCAGACAAGAGGAUCUUCACCACCAGUCACACUCCCAGCUGCCUCUUCCAGGAAGUUGAUGAGAGGGCAGUGCCGUUGUUGGGCUACCUGCCUCAGGACUUGGUGGGAACGCCUACCCUCCUCUACAUCCACCCUGAAGACCGGCCCCUAAUGGUGGCUAUACAUGAGAAGAUCUUUCAGUCUGCUGGGCAGCCGUUCGACCACACACCCUUGAGGAUGUGUGCCCGCAAUGGGGAAUAUCUGACCAUCGACACCAGCUGGUCUUCCUUUGUCAAUCCCUGGAGCCGGAAGGUGGCGUUCAUCGUCGGGCGCCAUAAAGUCAGAACGGGCCCUCUAAAUGAAGACGUGUUCACGACACCGCUGGGCUGCGAGACUCGGACAACCACGCCUGACAUCGUCCAGCUGAGCGAGAAGAUCCACCGACUCCUGGUGCAGCCGGUGCACAGCGGCAGCUCUCAGGGCUACACCUCCCUCGGGUCCAGUGGCUCGCGAUGCUCUCGGCGUUCGCAGCAACAGCGCCUCGGUGCCUCAGGCGCCUCGUCCAGCGACAGCAACGGCCCCGCCGUGGACAAAGUCGCUGCCGCGGUUGCUUUACACAAACCUAUGACUUUCCAGCAGAUCUGUAAAGAUGUCCACAUGGUCAAGACUAAUGGACAGCAGGUUUUCAUCGAGUCCCGUAACCGCCCUACACCCAGAAAAAUCACAAGCACAGGCACAACGAGCAUCAGAGCCAUCGCCAGUGACCCAAUCAGAAGUUUAAUAGCUAAAAUUGCAAAAGCACCCAAAGCUUUGGUCCCUGCUCCGCUCACACCGAAGGAGCCCCCUACUGGCUACUCCUACCAGCAGAUCAACUGCCUGGACAGCAUCAUAAGGUACUUGGACAGCUGUAACAUUCCUAACACUAUAAAAAGGAAGUGUGGCUCCUACACUGCCUCCUCUACGUCUGAUGAGGACAAACAGCGGGAGGCCAGCAACAACCCAGGUGGUUCAGUUAACCUUGUAAGUGAACCACCUCCUCUGCCUCCCCUGACCAUGGCCGCAAAGGCAAAGAGUGUAGCCUCAGUCACGUCGCAGUGUAGCUUCAGCAGCACCAUCGUGCAUGUGGGAGACAAGAAGCCUCCUGAGUCAGACAUCAUCAUGGAGGAGGCUCCUUCAACUCCAACUCUUGCGCCUCCUACAACUACACCAGUUCCUCCCACUGCAACACCCGCCGCUUACACGGCAAUCGCCUUCCCCCCUUCUCAAGCCGCUCUGCCAGAGAGGGACAGCCGGAGAAGGGGAAGUGUUGGAGGAGGAGGGGGCCGCAUGGGCCUCACAAAGGAGGUGCUAUCCACCCACACCCAUCAGGCGGAGCAGGCAUUCCUGGACCGCUUUAAGGACCUCAGCAAGCUGCGUGUUUUCGAUCAGGCGGCAUCUUCGACCCUGCACUGUCAGAACCCAGCUGCCAACCCUCUGUCACAAGGAGUGCGUUGUUCUCGGGAUUACCCCGCUGCAGGAAGCAGCACCAGUCACAGACGUGGCGGUAAAAGGCUCAAGCACCAGGAGUCAUCUGACCUGCACAUCUCUCUGGCGCUUAGCGGGAGCUCAGCUCCCAUGCCCCUCAACAUCCCCAUCGGACCCCCAGCAAACUCAGCCUCAUGGCCGACUGUAAACUCUCAGGCCAGCAUUCCUUCUGCCCCUUUUGCUCCUGGUAUGCUUCCAAUCUACCCUGUUUACCCACCACUCGCCCAAUCCAUAGCCAUCCCAGAUCCAUCGCAUUUCCCCCCUACCCAGCUGGUACCUCCCAUGGUGACCCUCGUUCUUCCCAACUACAUGUUCCCCCAGAUGGGUGCGCCCAUCGCUCAGCCAGGCCCCGUCCCCGGACACUUUUUCAAUCCUAACUUCACAUACCCCGUUGCCACCCAAGCAGCUAUCACCGCUGUUUCAAGGCCCUUACCGAUUCCGGCCACCUGCGCCCCGUCUCGGAGCAUCACCCCACAGUCCUACAGUCAGACACCUGCUGACCGUGAGGGCGCAGAGUCCCCCCUCUUCCAGUCCAGAUGCUCCUCACCUCUCAACCUUUUGCAGCUGGAGGAAUCGCCAAGCAACCGUUUAGAGGUCACCACAGCCUUUGUAGCAACACAGCAAGCCGUGCCUUCUGUGCACGGCGGUGCAGCUUGGGGACAGAGCUCAGCCCAACAGAGGAGCUCGGAGUCCAACAACGAUGCCAUGUCCACCUCCAGCGACCUGCUAGAUAUGUUGCUUCAGGAAGACGCCCGCUCAGGCACCGGCUCAGCUGCCUCUGGUUCAGGGUCGUCAGGCACGAGGUCUUCUGGUUCAGGCUCUGGGUCAAACGGCUGCAGCUCCUCUGGCACCAGCGGCAUGAGCAGCAGCCAAGGCAGCCACACCAGCAAGUACUUUGGUAGCAUCGACUCAUCAGAGAACGAUCAUUCCCGCAAACAGGCAGCAGGGGGCAGCAGUAGUGCCAGAGGAGAUGGUGGCGAGGAGCAGUUUAUCAAGUGUGUCCUGCAGGACCCCAUCUGGCUGCUGAUGGCCAACACCGACGGCAAGGUCAUGAUGACCUAUCAGCUGCCUGUCAGAGACAUGGAGACUGUUUUGCGAGCGGACCGCGAGGCCUUGAGGAGCAUGCAGAAACACCAGCCACGCUUCACCGAGGACCAGAAGAGGGAGCUGAGCCAAGUGCACCCCUGGAUCCGCACAGGACGCCUGCCCCGAGCCAUCAACAUCUUUGGCUGUACAGGCUGCAAGUCUCUGCCCACUGCCGCUCCCGCCGUGCCGUUGGAUGUGGAGAACCACGAGAUGGAGCUGUGCAGUGUGCUCAAAGCUCAGGAGGAGGGCGCCAGAGAGGGCAAGACAAAUCGGUCAGAGACGGCCAUGGAUGAAGCACACGCAGAGGAUGAAGAGAAAGGAACAUAAGACGGCAACCAAGACAUGCCGGCAGAGGAGCAGCAAGUGACCUCAGAAGAUGUGAAAGAAAAGUCUGACAUGACUCACUAAGCAGAUGGUCAAAGAUAAAGAACACUGUCAGGACGUUUCCAUGCUGAUACGCAGACGAUGUGCACCUUCCAGCACUUCCUGUCCCCAAAACAUUUUUACACGAGGUGUAAAGUGGUCGAAAUGGGAUUUGCUGUGAGCAAACAAUGCACAUUGGUCGACAACUUCAAUGUUUUGUUUGACAGGUCAGGCAGGACGGUUCAUUCUUCAUGAAGUCUGACUUCGAUGACCGCACACCAGGCAUGAUGUAUGACUGCAUAUUAAAUGCCUUCACUUUCCUUGUUCUUGUAGUUCUUGACAUAUGUGUUGAAGUUGUAAGAUAAUCUGCGAGGUCUAAAGGGAAUGUGUUUUGAUAAAGGCGCUUUUAAGAAAAUGGACGUGCUUCACCAGUGUCAUCAUCACGUUUUUGCUCCCUGAGUUCGAGAUAUUUGAGAGACUGUCACCUUUUAUAUAGACAACAAUGUACAGCGGAAACCAGGUUAUUUUGUAAACAAUGUGUAUAUUUUUAUACUUUCCUUCCCCUCAAAUCGAGAAAGGAUAUAUGCCCAAAAAAGGGUUGACUGAAAAUCCAGCAUCUAAAUCAUGUCUGCAAUGAAAGAAGAACCAACAACAACAACAAGAAGCCUUUGAAGCGGAGAUGUUGUUUCUCGGGACCAUUGGGAGAUGUACAGUUGAACGUGGGGAUCGCCAGGAGACUAAUGUGGACUUAAACGGUUUCUUCUUUGGCCGAGCAUUAGUUGGCCUCCCCACAGUGUGAAAUGACCAAUGAUUUUCACACACACACACGUCAGACAGUAUUUCCCAAACGGCCACCACCCUAAGGAGCUCUUGUGUGGCCAGUGCUUGCUCACAUUGGUGAGCGGAUUUGAAAGAGGAGGAAGUCUGGAGAGUGUUUUGUUUACUACUUUUCUUUCCCUGUCCCUUUUCGCUCUCUCUUCCUCUCUGUGGCACUGUUCUGGUCAUGUGAUAUCCUCUGCUUUAUGGCGUCGGUGUUGUCUGCAACAGUUUCUAAAUAUUUUUGUGAAAUUCUUUGUACAAUAAAAUGACUUGGGGAAAAUAA